AUGGGUGCUGACGGUGGCGGGAUCCGCUUCCCGAUCAGCACCUUCAGCUCAGCCAUCAACGUCUGCACCAUACGGACACGACUCUUCACGACAGCUCGAUGUAAACUAGUGCCGAAUAUCCGUCAAUCAUCGGCCAGCCAAGAUGCAUUGGCUCGUAGUUUUCAUCGGUUGCUGACGUCACAGCUGCCAACACGUGAUGCCAGGAGUACCAUCGAAGCGGGCGUGCGUAUUGACCGCGUGCGGGUGCAUCACUGCUCGCCCAAACCGACAUAG